AUUUGGAUCUAACCCACACAACCAUAUCUACAAGGGUUAAAAAAGGGAAAUAAAAAAAUAUUUUCUCAAAAAAAAAAGAAUUGUACCGGCUGUUCCGGUGACACAAAUACCAGCACCACCCUUAUUAUAAAGUGGCUACAUACACCUGCAUAAUUAUUUCCAACCUACUCUUUUCCCAUCCCCCGAAAUUGAUUCAUGUCCUAAUUAGUAAUUACACACCUACAAAAAGCUUCUUCUUCGAUCAUGUCUUUCCGAUGAACCUCUUCUUCUUUAAUUUAAUUUAAUUUAAUUUCUCCCUUUUUUUAUUGUUACUAAAAAAAAUCAACGUCGGAAAUUAAACUCAGAAUGGAUGAUGCUAAAGGCUACACGCAGGACGGCACGGUCGAUCUCCACGGCCAGCCUGCGCUCGCCGCCAAGACCGGCAAGUGGAAGGCCUGUGCUUUCCUCGUCGGGUACGAAGCAUUCGAAAGAAUGGCAUUUUACGGGAUAGCAUCAAAUUUAGUGGUGUAUCUGACGACACAGCUGCACGAAGACACAGUUUCAUCAGUUAGAAAUGUAAACAACUGGUCAGGCUCUGUUUGGAUAACUCCGAUUCUUGGCGCUUAUAUUGCCGAUUCCUACCUCGGCCGCUUCUGGACUUUCACUAUUUCUUCUUUGAUUUAUGUCAUUGGAAUGGUGCUCCUAACAAUGGCAGUUUCGAUAAAAUUCCUAAAGCCCACGUGCGAGAAUGGCGUAUGCAACAAGGCCAGCACGACGCAGAUAGCGUUCUUCUACACGUCGCUCUACACGAUCGCGAUGGGCGCCGGCGGGACCAAGCCCAACAUCUCGACAUUCGGCGCGGACCAAUUCGACGAUUUUAACCCCGACGAGAAAAAGCUCAAGGCGUCCUUCUUCAAUUGGUGGAUGUUCAGUGCGUUCACCGGCGCGCUGUUCGCCACGCUCGGCCUUGUUUAUAUCCAAGAGAAUUUGGGGUGGGGGUUAGGGUACGGAAUCCCGACGGUCGGGAUUAUAUUCUCCUUGAUUAUUUUCUAUGUGGGAACUCCGACUUAUAGGCAUAAAGUGAGGAGGGCUACCCGUCCGGCCGGUGACUUUCUUAGAGUCGUUUCUACGGCUUUUGCUAAUGCCAAGCUUCGGGUGCCGAGUGAUUCGUCCGAGCUUUAUGAGCUGGAUCAACAGUAUUAUGUUAGUACGAGGAAACGUCGGGUCCAUCACUCUCCGAUGUUCAGGUUUUUGGACACGGCGGCAAUAAAAAAGGACAACGUUAAUAGUACGACGACAAGACAACCUUGUACAGUGACGCAGGUGGAGGGUACAAAGCUAGUCCUAGGCAUGGCUAUGAUAUGGGCGGUAACCCUAAUACCCAGCACCAUCUGGGCACAAAUCAACACCCUAUUCGUCAAACAAGGCACAACCCUAGACCGGCGCGUGGGCCCCACCUUCCAAAUCCCGGCGGCCUCCCUCGGCGGCUUCGUCACCCUCUCAAUGCUAAUCUCCGUCCCCAUGUACGACCGCUACUUCGUCCCCUUCAUGCAGAGGCGAACCCAAAACCCACGCGGCAUCACGAUGCUCACGCGCCUGGGGAUAGGGUUCCUCAUCCAGAUACUCGCCAUCGCGAUCGCGUACCUGGUGGAGGUGAAGCGCAUGCGCGUGAUCGCAUCCCACGGGAUCACGCGCGGGGGAGAGGUGGUCCCCAUGAGCAUCUUCAACUUGCUGCCGCAGUACGUGCUCCUCGGGGUUGCUGACGUGUUCAACGCGAUCGGGUUGCUGGAGUUCUUCUAUGACCAGUCCCCCGAGGACAUGCAGAGCCUCGGGACCACGUUCUUCACGAGCGGGAUCGGCGUCGGGAACUUCUUGAACAGCUUCCUCGUGACGGUGGUGGAUAAGGUGACCGGGAGGAACGGCGGGAAGAGCUGGAUCGGGAAGAACGUGAACGAUUCGCACCUCGAUUAUUAUUAUGGGUUCCUUCUGCUGCUUUCGGCGGUGAAUUUGGGGGCGUUCUUGCUUGCGUCGAGGAAGUAUGUUUACAAGGUCGAGUCGGCAGCUGAGGGUGGUGGUUGUAAUAAUAAAGAGGCGGCGGCGGGGGCGGCGCAAUUGGAGGGCGGGAAAGGGUUGUUGUUGGACGUGGUGCCGCCGACGGCGGCUCAUUUGGGGUUGCAAGUUUGAUUAAUUAUUUUUAGUGUUGUUCGGUUUAAUAUAGUUAGGCCGAUUAUUGUAUGGAUAUUACAUAAUUAUUAUUAACUCGUAAUAUAUAGUAAAUUUGGGAGUGGGCUUAUGGCCCGGCCCGUCACGGCCCGGAAAUAGAAUUAUAGUAUCAGUAGCCUAUGUAUAAACUAGUUGGGCCAAAUAUUAUAGGCCACUGCCUAUUGGGCCAUCUUAAUGCAGGCUUAAUUAACGAGUUUUAACAAAAAAAAAAA